GCGUAUUGAUAUUUUAUUGUUGAUUGCCUUUUGUGUAUGAUAAGUCUUAGAUUGGGAAAAGAGAGAAUUACAUGUAUUGACACGCUAGUUUACCACAUAAUAUGUAUAAAAUGGGAUUUAUUUUUAUCAAAUAUUUGGUCCUACAUUACACAAAAGUCUUUCUGGCAGAGAAAAAGAUUCUUUUUUUUUAGGCUUGAUAGAAUUUCGUGUUUUUCUUUUCAUUCUACCAUAUACAAUGUCUGACGAUCAAGGAACAACUGACAACGAUCUCAUUUUAGCAGCUUGUCGAAAUGACCAAGACGAAAUGUUGGAAGAUGUUCUCAAGGAAGGAGAUAUAGAUAUUAAUUAUGCUGACGCUUUAGGUGACACAGCUCUUCAUUAUGCUGCUCGAUUUGGCUCUUUGACGUGCUUGGAAAUUUUGGUUGAUAUUCCCGGAAUUAAUGUCAACUUGCGAAAUAACCAAGGAGACACACCGCUACAUUUAGCUGUGAGAUAUGAGGAUGAUCCCGAAGUUGCUAUUAGCAUGGUGGACAUUCUUUUAGAUUCAGGUGCUGAUCCACGCAUUCAAAACAAAGCAAAAUCCACUGUGGGGGAUUAUGUGGUCGGUAGGAAUGAUGAUAUGAGAGCUUUAAUAGAUCAAGCAUUAGCAGGAUAUGAGAUGGAGGAUAGCGACGAGGAAUGAUGAUACAAAGGAUGAAGAAGGGGGUGGGGGGAUAUUAUUUAAGAACAACGGCUGCAUUUCUACUUGCUAAAUAUGCUUGAACAUUGGGUACACCUAAUGUGCUAAUAAAUUGAUAAAUUUCUGCAUUGUGAUAUCGUAAACCUGUCUUUGGAUCGGUGUAUUUAGCAUCUAAUCCUGUAAUAUCGCAAUACUUCUUUUGAGGCAAAAUUGACGGUGCACAUUCAAUAUUUUCAUCUAUUUGUUUUCGUCAUUAAUAA